AUGGUCAGCACGGUGUUGGUGCUGGAAGUGGUGCAACUGCUGCUGCUGUUGCUUCUUCCGGGAAAGGCCAGUUCGGACGGUACUGAUGCGGUGGCUGGACGUGCGACCGCCCCGGUGCUAAUCGUAGUGUCGUACGAUGGCUUCCGGACGGAGUACCUGCAACGCAACAGUUCCGGCUACAUCAACGAAUUACGACGGAAUGGCACGACCAGUGCAUUCCUGCGAAAUGUCUUCCCGACAAAAACGUUCCCGAACCAUCACAGCAUCGCCACCGGUGUCUAUCCGAACGUGCACGGUGUGCUGGCCAACGGUGUGUAUGAUUCGCUGCAAGGUCCGCUUAAUUAUUCCUAUGAAUUGUUUCACUUCAACCCGGAACUGUUACCGAUAUGGGCACUGAACCAAUAUGGUGGGGGUCAUAGUGGAUGCAUGAUGUGGCCUGGUGCAGACUUUGGAUACGGUCCACGAAACCUUACUUGCAGCCACAUGCAACCGUUCAAUUUGUCCGUGCCCUGGGUGGAACGGCUCGAUACGGUGUUCCAGUGGAUACGAGACGCGGAACGGCCCGCUAAUCUAGUGUUUCUUUACAUUGAAGAGCCCGAUUACGAUGGCCACAUAUACGGGCCCAAAUCGGAACGCAUCGAGCAUCUGGUGGUGAAGCUGAACGACCUAACGCGCCAACUGCACGCGCGAAUUACCGAGCAGCGAUUGCAGGAGCGAGUGAACGUGGUGCAUUUGAGCGACCACGGCAUGGAGGUGCUGAUGCCGAAGAAUUUUAUCAAUCUUACGUCGUUGGUUGCGGCUGAUCUCCGGUACGACACGUACGGUACCACGCCGGUGCUGCAGAUCGUACCGAAGGUGGAGCAGGACCGUUCGGAGUUGUACCGGCAGCUAAGGCGUGCAGCCGACUCGGACGGCAGGUUCGAUGUGUACAUGCAGGAAAAUUUACCGGCCCGGUGGCGGUACAACAAUACACGGCGCACCGGACCGAUCACAGCGGUGGCACAUCUUGGCUACGGGUUCGAUGAUAUGUGGCAAACGGUUGACUACUAUCGGAAGAAAUUCCGUGUCGAAGUUACUCCCGAUACUCAGUUCGGCAUGCACGGGUACGAUAAUUCGCAACCCUCCAUGAAUUCCAUUUUCUUCGCGUACGGUCCAGCCAUACGGGAGCAGCUAACCGUGGAACCGUUCGAUACGGUCGAUCUGUACUAUAUGUUUUGUGAGAUCCUUAACCUUACGCCACCUUCCUAUCUGAAUGGCAACGUCACCCACAUCCAGCACAUACUGCGCAAUGGUUCCCGCGACGAUGAUGAUGAUGACGAUAACGUUCCUAACGGUGGCGGUUCAUCAGAUACGACACGGACCGAAACGAUCCUCAUGAUUUUCGCCGGCAGUCUUAUCGCGUCCUUUGGCAUCGUGAGCCUGUUUGCAUUUGCGGUUAUAUAUCAGCGACGGAGACGCGAACACAUGGUACCGCCGUAUCUGUACGAGGAAACGGAAACGUUCAUCGACGAAGGUAAUAAGAUGCUGCACACAAGCACCACAAAUUCGUCCAUCAAUGGUGAUGUUGUAUCGGUUGACGUUUGA